AUGGCGUCUUCUUCUCAUAACAAUAUCGAUGAGAAGUUUGAUGAAGCUUUCGAUAAUUAUUUUGAUCAAUAUUUUGAGCAAGCAUACGAAAAUCUGGUGGAUGCUUACGGUGAUCAACAAGACAAGGAGAAAACAAGAAAAAAAAGAGUUUUUAUCGAAAGACACCGUGAAGAAGGCCACCGCCAGUUAUGGGAUGAUUAUUUCAGUGAGACUCCAACAUAUGAAGAAAAUCAAUUCCGACGACGAUUUAGAAUGAACAGACCAUUGUUCAUGCAUAUUGUUGAUCGGCUCUCCAAUGAAGUUGAAUUCUUUCGUCAGAAGAAAGACGUAACCGGAAGGUAUGGUCUCUCUGCACUUCAAAAGUGUACAGCAGCUAUUCGUGUGUUGGCAUAUGGUUCUGCGCUUGAUGCAGUCGAUGAAUACAUCCGGCUCGCCGCAUCCACGGCUCGGCUAUGUGUGGAGAAUUUUGUGGAAGGAAUAAUUCAAUUGUUCGGCGAUGAGUAUCUAAGAAGACCAACACAGGCUGAUCUUCAACGUCUACUUUAUAUUGGAGAGCACCGUGGAUUUCCCGGGAUGAUAGGAAGCAUCGACUGUAUGCAUUGGGAGUGGAAGAAUUGUCCCGGUGCUUGGAAAGGGCAAUAUUCUCGAGGUUCGGAUAAACCAACUAUCGUUUUAGAGGCGGUUGCUUCAUAUGAUCUCUGGAUAUGGCAUGCGUUUUUUGGAUCUCCAGGUACCUUUAAUGAUAUCAAUAUUCUUGAUCGCUCACCUGUUUUUGAUGACAUAAUAUAUGGCCGAGCUCCGCAAGUGAAUUUCUCGGUCAACGGAAAUCCUUAUUCAAUGGCUUACUAUCUCACUGAUGGUAUUUAUCCGAAGUGGGCAACUUUUAUCCAAUCUAUUUCACUGCCACAAGGUCCGAAAGCGGCUUUAUUUGCUCACUUUCAAGAAGCUACGAGAAAAGAUGUAGAGCGUGCUUUCGGAGUCUUGCAAGCUCGAUUUGCCAUUGUUAAAAAUCCAGCACGUUGUUGGGAUAAAGACAAGAUCGGGAAGAUUAUGAGAGCAUGUAUCAUACUCCAUAAUAUGAUAGUAGAAAACGAACGAGAUGACCACCCUCAAAUUGAUGUUUCCGCUGUUACCAAUUUCUUUCAAGGAGAAGGCAGCGGAAGUUCACAUGUCGAUCUCACCUUUUCUACAAAUAAUCCUUCAAGUAUCCCCGAUGAGAUGGGUGUUCGAAGAAAUAUUCUUGAUAAACAACUGCAUCAACAACUCAAACGUGAUUUGGUUGAAAAUAUAUGGCGUAAAUUUGGCCAUCAUCAAGACAACAACUAA